ACCACAGGAAGAUCCCAGCCCUGUACACAUGGGGCAGAGCCAGCCAAGAAGCAAGGAGAGGCCAGAGCCGCUGUUCUGUGCAGCCCACUCGAGGAUGUCUCCCAGCCUGCAGGAAGGGGCUCGGCACGGGGAAAGCAAACCCUCGCCCUGCUCCUUUUCAAUUGAGAGCAUUUUGGGAUUGGACCAGAAGAAAGACUGUGUUCCAUCAAUGAAACCCCACAGGCCCUGGGCAGACACCUGCGGCUCCUCAGGGAAAGAUAUUAACCUAUGUGUACAUAUCCCGAGCCUUCCUAACGGGAUCUCAUUCCCUUAUACUGUGGAUCGUCCAGUGCCAGAAGAAAGAUUUUUGAAAUAUGAAAAUUACUUUUCACCCUCAGAAAGACUGUCUUUGAAAAGAGAACUGAGUUGGUAUAGAGGACGAAGACCAAGAACCGCUUUUACUCAAAACCAGAUUGAAGUGUUGGAAAAUGUCUUUAGAGUAAACUGCUAUCCUGGCAUUGAUAUCAGAGAAGACUUAGCUCGAAAACUGAAUCUAGAGGAAGACAGAAUCCAGAUCUGGUUCCAAAAUCGGCGUGCAAAGCUGAAAAGGUCCCAUAGAGAAUCACAGUUUCUAAUGGCGAAAAAAAAUUUCAACACGAAUCUCCUGGAGUAGACGGAAAACUGACCACGUGAGAUUAUUUUACAAUUGCAGAACCUGAGGAAUCAAUGGAGAUAUCAAAUUUUAAAAAUGUGAUCUUUUCUGCAUUUAAUCUGAGUGUUGUCAUUUUUCUUCCGAAAAUAUAUUGUAAAUAUUCACUAUUAAAACAUGGUACCUAUUAUACAUGGGCACUUUUAGUUACAAUAAAGGCCUUUCCUAUAUAUUUUAAUAAACAUUUUCAGAAAAAGCCAGCUAUUUUUUAAGUGAGCAAAUUUAAUCUAAGAAAGUAGUUCGCUAAAAUCAGCAAGCUCAUGACUAAGUGACUCCACAAGCUGGAUUCUAUUUACAGAAUAAUUCAAGUAAAAUAAUCUGGAGAAUGGCACAAAGAUAUGCUCUGUUUCAAUUAGUUUUCUUCAAGUGCAUUUUGAAACAUGAUUAUUAGCUCCUCUUAAUUUCUGACAUAAAGCAGUGAAACUUUCUCACCACGUAUCAAUACAAAUCCUUCUAGCAUGCCAGUUUCAAGCUGUUUUUUUUUUUUUUAAGCAAAAUCAUUAUGCCAAAGUAGAGAUAGAAAGACAUCAGUUGUCAUAUUCAUACCCUUGGUAUUAUAUUGCAAAAAGGAUUGAGCUGCAAAUACAUGCAAAUUUUAAAAUAUUUUCCUAGCUAUUUAAUGUUGUGUUUUACUUUCAUUCAUUAAAGGAAUAAUGAUCA